AUGUCCAAGCUUGGUCUACGGCAGAUCCACGGCGUGAACAGGAUAACUAUCCGGAAAUCUAAGAAUAUCUUGUUUGUCAUCGACAAUCCGGAUGUCUUCAAAAGUCCAUCUUCCAACAACUACGUCGUCUUUGGAGAAGCCAAGAUCGAAAACCUCUCCCAAGAGGCCCAAAGAGCGGCGGAGAAGUUCAGAGUUCCUGAAGAUCCCGAAGCAGCUUCAGCCUCCGCCAUCAAAGAGGACGGCAAGGAAGAGGAGGAGGUGGACGAGACGGGCCUGGAGAUGAAAGAUAUCGAAUUGGUCAUGGGUGAGGCCAACGUCUCCCGCGCCAGAGCCAUCCGAGCCCUUCGGAACAACAACAACGACAUUGUCAAUGCCAUCAUUACAAUGGAGAAAUGUAAUUUGUGCAUCAGAAUUACUAAACUGGAGGGCACUUUGGAGGUCAUCUAG